AGAGGAGGCACUAUAUAUUUUUUUUACAAUUUUUAAAUUCACUUUUGUAAACUAAGAAAUCAUAACGUGUCAGAUAAGACAUCUGUUCCGCUUUGAAAUAAGACAUAAUUUUGACACGAAGUUAGAUUUUGAGUAACAAAUAAUUGGAGCUUUUUAUAUUUUUGUGAUCGUUAAUUGACUAAACGUGACAAAGUAACUCCAUCCUGAGGAAUCCAGCACAUGCAAAAUUUCUGCUAUACAACUGCGUUUUGCAUCAACCAGAGUGGCAAGCAUUUUAUUUUAGCCAUACAUUUAUAAGAAAAAUACAUUUCCGACUGAAACCUAUAUUGUAAUAUACUGAAACCUAUUUAGUGCACUCAGUAUAUUUCUGCAAAGAAACACUAAACCAGAACCGUUCUCGAAAGCAACUUGUGUUGAGUUCAGGCAAACUAAGACUAACAUUUCUCGAUGACACUUGCAGAGAGUACACGAAACGUGUGCAGUAAUAUUAGAAAAUUAAAUUCGUUCUUAAAAAUUGAGUAAAAAUUUACUUUUUGUUAGUCACGCGUGACAUAAUUUUCUUGAUGCUGACAACAUGGCCCAGACAAAGAAAGAACAAGAACAACAGCCACAAGCUCCACCCCCACCGCCUCCUCCACCAAUCAAACGCGUCGUUGUAGCCGUAUUACCUGGCAAAGAGGAACUAGUCGCCUCGACGCCGAACCAGCGCAACUGGCGGGGCAUACUGAUCGCUUUGCUCGUCAUAGUGGCCGUCCUCGGUCUCAUCGUGUUCUCCAUAGUCCUCUUGUCUCCUCCGGAGGAAGGGCCUCGGGUUAAAGGUCGAAAGUUCACAUUGGACGAUGUGUUGGGGCCACACUACAGAGCACGGCGCUUCAAUGGCACCUGGGUGUCAGAAGUUGAACUGGUGUACCGGGACGUGGAGGGCGGAGUUACGCUGUUCAAUGCAGAGAAUCUUACCACCAGGAUCCUCAUGACAAACUCUACGUUUAGGCAGCUGAAUGCUGUUGACUUCAGGGUGUCCAGUGAUCUCCGUUACAUAUUGCUCAUACUGGAUAUGAAGAAGGUGUUCAGAUAUUCCUAUGAAGCAAGAUAUUUCAUCUUCGAAGUUCAGACCUCGAGAAAGUUUGAGUUGAACCUGGGGGGCAAUGACGCGGAGAGCCACCCGCUUCUCCAGGACGUCGUGUGGGCGCCCAGGGGAAACGCCCUGGCCUUUGUCUACCGUAACGACAUCUACUACAAAACCAGCGCGUUGACUUCCCACGUCUAUCGUAUUACCAACACGGGACAACCAGGUGUCGUCUUCAAUGGUGUUCCCGACUGGCUGUAUGAGGAGGAGAUUCUCAAAUCUCCAAACGCGCUAUGGUUUUCACCUGAUGCUCAUUUUCUGCUCUAUGCCUCUUUCAAUGACUCCCUAGUGGGAGAGCUCAAGUAUCCAUGGUAUGGCCGCAUCCAGGAGCGGUUACGUUACCCUCAGAUACGCAUGUUGCGGUAUCCCAAGGCUGGAACAAGGAACCCAGCAGUCACUCUGUGGGCUGUAGAUCUGAGCCGCCCUUUGCAGCUAUAUCCAGUAGAUCUCAAGCCACCACUGGUUCUCAAAGCCAACUCAGAGUCAGAGUGGGACCACUACUUCACAGCAGUAACAUGGCUAUCACAUCAUCAGGUAGCUGUAAUAUGGAUGAACCGCGUACAGAAUGAGUCAAUUAUCUCGUUAUGUCGUGGGCCAGUUUGGAACUGUGAUGCGACAAUGAAACUUGAAGCAGAGCCCAGAGGAUGGGUGGAGCUAUAUGAUGCUCCACUCUUCAGUUCUGAUGGAAGCUGUUACUUGGCACGCCUACCAGUUCUGGAGGGACAGUACGGCUACUACAAGCAUGUGUGUCACAUAGAUAUUGCCAGCAGAAGAAAUACGCCUCUCACUCAGGGUAGAUUUGAGGUCACUAAAAUCCUUGCUUGGGAUGAGGAGAACCAUUUUAUAUAUUUUGUGGCUGCACCUGAACAUAAGCCAGGGGAAAGGCACCUAUAUCGUACAGGUGACCUUAACAUCAGCUCCCCAGACAACCGAGAGAUGGACUGCCUUACAUGCCCACCACUGGAUCCAUCCCAGAGCCCACCCCAACAUGGGUUAGGGCCACUUCAUAGUACAGUCAUGAGUGGGGAUAUUAGCAGCCCUGAUUACAAUGCCAGUGAGUUGGCUUCAUGGCCACCAUGCUUGUAUGUGGCACCACACCUGAGCCCAGGCCUGAGUCCUCGCUUUUAUGUGUUGGAGUGCCUGGGGCCAGACCCCCCAAGUGCUUCCCUCGUGGACCUGUGGAGCAACACAAAACUUGCUGUGCUGGACACGCAACCUGCCCUCAGGGACCGUCUUGCAGUCAUGGCCUCACCUCAGGUGAAAACUAUCAAAGUGUUGGUAGAAGGAGGUUAUCAUGCACAGGUGCGUCUUCAUCUGCCACCAGGAUUAAGGGAAGAUGAAGAAAUGACUUUCCCUCUCAUAUUGCAUGUGUGUGCAGCACCAGGAUCACAGCUUGUCUCUGAGCAAUGGUCUGUGGACUGGGGAACAUAUUUAGCCAGUAACCGCAACUUCAUUGUAGCACAGAUAGAUGGCCGGGGCUCUGGUUUUCAAGGUGACCGUCUCCUGCAUGAGAUGCAUUAUCGUUUGGGCAGUGUUGAAAUUGAAGAUCAGAUUGCUGUUACCAAGUACUUGCGGGAUCUCAAAUAUGUAGACAGGGAUCGUAUAGCAGUAUGGGGGUGGAGCUAUGGAGGAUUUGCAACAGCCAUGAUCUUAGCACAGGAUGAAAAAGUUUUUCACUGUGGCAUCUCUGUUGCACCCAUAACCAGCUGGACUCACUAUGACUCAGUGUAUACAGAGCGCUACAUGGGGACACCUAAUGUAACAGAUAACUACCGAGGGUAUGAAGAGGCAGAUGUCACCAAACGUGCUGGAAAUCUGCGCAAUAAGCUAUUUCUCUUAGUUCAUGGAACAGCUGAUCACACAGUACAUUAUCAGCAGAGCAUGAUGUUAGUUAGAGCACUCACUGAUCAGGGAGUGCUCUUCAGACACCAGACAUAUGCAGAUGAAGGUCACAGCUUCUCUGGAGUUCAACAUCAUUUUUACAAGGCUAUGGAAUCGUUUUUGGAUGACUGCUUUGGUCCACUUGAUUUUGAAGAAUGGGAAAUUGGUACAAGUUUCUUCACAUUCAAGCAAUAGCGAGUAACUACACAGACCGGCACACAUAAGUGGACACACAUAUUUCCUGUGGAUCUUCAUCAUUUAUCAUGAAGAGAAUAAUGUUUACCCAAGGGAAGUGGCAGUAUGCAAGGGAUAACUGUAGAGAAAUUUGCUUGACAAGACUAAGAAUUGUCUGCCUCAUACACAUUCUGUGAAAAAUUAGUAUCAUAGGAAGGAAAACAAUCAGUGUUCAGUGUUACUGCUGAGGGUAAACCCACCAGUUGUGGUCUGUUGGACCAUCCUUGUCCCUGUCAACUUCAGAAUUUAUUUUUGAGGUAGAGGCAAACAUCUAGGUAAGUGGCAGAUUACAGGAUAGUGACUGACAGAGAAGCAGUGCAACCUAACAUAGAUAUUCUUCACUUUCAGAAAUUUAAUCUGUAUAAGAGGUGAGGCAGAGAGGCACAUGGAAAAAUCUGAUCUCGAUCCAUCCAGUCUCAAACCUCAGACACAUGUCCAGUGCCUUACUUCUAGGCAAGAAUGUUCUCCAAUUUUGAAAGUUAAUUACUAUUUCUUCUGCCAGCUGUUUGCACUACAAUGAGCACCAAGCACACUGGUACAGUUGUAAUGCUGUAGACUUGUAUUUGUAAGGUUAUCAGUUAAAAUCUCAGCUGGGACAUUGGCCAUCCCAUCUGAGAAUUUUUUGUGGCUUUCCUCAGUCCCUCCAGGCAAAUUUUAGGACAUUACCCCAAUUAGGCCAUGACCUCUUCCUUCCAAAUCCUUUCCAAACCAGCAUUUAUAAGUCAUCCUACCUAUACAAUCUGAAAUACCAAAAGUUUCAUUAAAGAUACCACACAUGCACACACUAUAAUGAGCAUUGUAAGGAAGUGAUCAGAAAAUGAAGUUUCAUUUUUAUAUCAAAAUUAUGUGUAAGUCUGGACUCUACCCAAUUUACAGUGAUAUUUAUCUGCAUAAACAUGCACAUGUUUUAUAUUACAUCAGUGAAACAGUUAGUACUGCUCUAAAACGUGUUGGAUUUUUUUGCAAUAUAAAAUUCUUAAUUUGAUUUAGAGAUAAUUAAAUUGUGUUUAGUCAGGCUUUGUUAUAACAUGGUAUGAAAGUACACAAGUAUGGUAGUUACACAGAAGAAUAAAUAGCGUUUAUUCAUGAUUACUUGCUUGCAUAACAAGCCUCUAUCUCAAGUACAGCAUCAGCAUUUCAUUGCAGUGAUUAUGAAAAUUACCAUCUCCUGGGAUGUGACACCAUGUAGUCUGAUAGGUGUUCACUGAUUUAUCAGAGGAAUGUGCUGUCUUCCUGCCAUCUUGAAGAUGAAGGCAGCAUGUUCCCCCAAAAUAUCAGUAACAUCUACCAGACCAUUUGGCAUCGCAUAUCGAAAGAUAGGAAUCUUCAUCAUCAUUCCUGUUGUGAAAAACUUACCUCCCUGUCAUCAACUGUGGCAUUACUAAUAUUAAUAUUUACUUGUACACCAAGUCUGAUAUGUUGCCAGAGUGGUGUAUUGUGAACAGUAAAAUUCAGUGGUAUAUCACUUGUAUUUCUGAAAACAUAUCAAAUACUGAAUUAUUAUGCUGUCACCUCUGUGUCUGAAGUUUAAACAUAGAGAACUUCAGAUUAAUACAAUCUAAUAGCAGAACUAUGAUCUGAGACGAUUCUUAAUAUAUAAGAGAAAUUCUGAUGGCCUGAUCACUUGCUGAUCUAAAGUUCUUGUGUGUGAGAAUCUGUUGUCUCUGAGGUAAAUGAUUCUCUGUCACAGGAAUGCAAGACAUAAACAGUUUUCUCUCAUUUUAUAAUUGGACACUACACUAACAGUAUUUUGAAACAGUGCACAUAGAAUGUUUGUUAUAUGUAUGUCAUGAUAUAUUUUGCAUUAAACUGUGAAAUGAUGACAGUUUUUUGAAUAAUUAAAAAAAUUAGGAGUGGAAUUCAUAACACUGAUUGUUUUCCAAGCUCCAGACUUUAACAGUCUCUUCAGACAGGAAAAGUGAGCAUCUGUGGAUACAACUGAGAACAUUAUAACAAGAAUGCAGAUUGAUGUUAUGUUUGUGAAAGAUACAAGAACCAAAUUUCCUCCAUUUUAUAACACCAGAAUUUCCCUUGCAAAUUUAUUCAAAAAGCUUCUUAGAGAUUUUCAAAAAAAAAAAAGAUGGAGGUUGUUUAUCAGUAGAAUUAUGGUGUUUAUGAAUAUGAAUAUGAAUGGGACUGGAAUUUUAGGAUAGCUGCUGUCUAAACAGUAGUUCACAUAGUGACAUUGCAGAUUAUAGUACUUUGCUAAAAGUAUCAGAAAUACUAGAAGUAAAUGUUGUGCAAGACUGAGAUAUGUUAUUUCCAAGAAUAUUAAGAGGUUAAGAUUAUGACAACCGUGAUAGCUAAAAAUGUCAGGACUGAAAAUGUUUAUUGGUGAACUCAUGUUACAUAUGUCUGUUGUAUGCCUCUUCUCUGGUUUUUAUUUUAGUUGAAAGUUUACCAACAUCCAUAAAUCUUUAAUGGAUUUCAGUGUUACUGUUCAGAGCACCACACAACUGUAAUGGUAUUUGUUCCUCUUUUUUAAAUACAUUUCAAAGAAAUUGUUUAGGCUUUAUAAUAUACUUUCUUUUACUCUGGAGGGCAUACUCAAAUUUAUACACAUAAAUUAUAUGCAGGACUUUCAGAUUAACAGCAUAAAAGUUACAGAAUAAUUUAUUUCACAUUCUGUCUUUGUUCUGCUUUUUGCGAUGUUAUAUUGAAAUACUGCACACAUUUUAUUGGCACCCAACAUGCCACGAGUGAUUCAGACCUUAACAGUCUGAAUGUCCAAAAAUUUAAAAGGCAAACCAAUAACUUUUUUUUUUCAUAUAAUUAAACAGUUACAAAAUUCAAAAUCAAGCUGUAGAUUAGAACUUCAUCCUCUUCAAACCUGUGUACCAACACUAUAGUUGGCAUUUAACAUAUGUUUAACUUUCUUCUUCUGUUUUACUGUGGACCAGUAUAGAUCUUCACCACCUCAAAGAUGCCCCUGUGUUGGUUCUUAUCCAGCGCAAUUUCCUUUCUACCAUGGAUUCAAAAAACCAGCAGAUUUCCAGUGCUGCCUAGCCACUUUGUACUUGCUCUCUCUAUUUUUUUAAUGCCCUUUGGUUAUGCAAAGAUUAAUUUCCUACUGGGAUAAGUCUCAUUUUUUCUGCAGUAAGCAUUCCAGCCACCUGUCUUCCAGCUUUCACAGUUAAUUAUAUCUGGCUAAUCAUAGAACUGAUAUAAUCCAAAAUACACUGUUUACCCAGAACUAUACAAUUGACAUAAUUUAUGGUUAGUUUUGGGACACAAUUUCAGCAGAAAAAUUUUACGAAAUGCGCCAUUAUUUCUCCAUUAUGCUGUGAAUAGCUAGUACACUUAAAUGGACUUUAAACCUUUCUUUCCUCUCCUUCCAUUAGUACAAGUUAGCUCCACAUUUCAUAGCAGAUUGCAGCCAAAAUCUAUUUCGAGUUUUUCAUUCUCUUCUUCCUCAGUCUCCAACAAAAAAUUAAACUCUUAAGAUAUGAAACUUUUAUAGCAACUGAACACACUGAAAUGUUCUUGAGCAAUCAUUCACACCAAACUGGAACAAAUUUCUAGUAUUUUGGAAACUGUCUCUCCCUCCAUCAUUGGAGACUAUAACUGCUUCCUUUCCCAUUCUUCUGGAACCAAUUUUCACAUGCCAAAUGAUACUUUUGAUGCAAGGCUUAUGAAACCACUAAUGAUGUUACAUCAUUAUUGUCUCCAUGAGGCUCACAAAUAUAAUGUCACCAUUAAACUUAGUGGGUUAUUUCAGUAUGAAACAUAUCCCACACACUUUCAGGAAAUCAGUAUUAAACAUGAGAGAUUUGAGAUUUUCAUGGCAGUGAGUGCAAAAAUUACUGUCUUCUGGUAUGCGAUAUUAUGUGGACUGGUAGAUAGUUACCCGUAUUUUGUAGGAAUUUGCUGUCUUCAUGUUCAGGAUAGAAGAUGGAGGUAGCACAGUUCUCUGAAAUAUCAGUAGAGGACUACUGGACUACGUUGUAUCACAACCCAGAAGACAGUAAUCUAUGUAUUAAACUUCAAAGAUGACAAUGAAUGUCUGUUAGUAUUACCAUAGCAAUGGUUCUCAUGUGAUGAAAGCUAAACCAAUCAGCAUCAGUUGGUCUUUGCUGUUGGCAGUGUACAUGUCUGUUUGCAGUUCCAUGAGUUUAUAUAAAGAAAGUGUAUCAGGAGGCUUUGCCAUUACUCAGAUGGUUAGUUACCCAGCUUUCCAACAUGACAGUCUGAGUUUUAUCUCAGGUUAGGUUAUGUGGGAUUUAUGGUGGACAAAGUGCACUGGGGUGGGUUUGUUCCAUCUAAUUCAGUUUCUCAUGCUAAUUCUCAUUGCACCAGAUGCUCCACAUUCAGUAAUAAUUUUGUCAUUGAUGAUAUGUAGUCUGGAUACAAUACCAACAGAAUCAUUAAAUAACCAACUUUUAAAAAAGGUCUCUGGUAAUCAUUUCAUUUUACUGACAUAUUAGUGUGUCAUAAGUACAAGACAAAAACAUCAGCUAUUGCAGAGGUGAGAAAGAAACUUAGGUUUGGGAUGUUAAGUAAGAAGUACAUGAUAAAUCAGGGCAAAGAGUUACUAAGUCGUAAGGGCUCACAUACAUUUGAAAAUUGAUCAGUACAGUGAGUUUCCUCAAAUAUGUAACUAUCUAUCUACCAAAAUAUAUGGCAUCACAUAGCAGAAGAUAAGAAUCUUAAAGAGAGCCAUAUUCACUUGUACAUGAGGUUCCCAUACACUUAUCAAGAUGGCAGUUUCCAUUAAUAUGUUAUUUUCUCAUUGAACUCUUUUAAAAAUGCCUUGUAGGUAGAAUACUAUAUUACAAAUUAGUGGAUUUAUCAUAUUAUUUAUUAUGAACUAGUAUAUUUUAAAGGUAUAAUAACUAUAGAGAGAACACAUUUUCCUUAAAAUGAUGGACAAUGAAAGUAAUAAAAGGACAAAAACCUUAGUACCCUAAAUGACAGCAGAAUUAUUAUGAUUCUUUUGAAAUAUAUUUUAGCUCAUAUAAUUUUGGGAGGUUUCCAAAUGUGCUUGUAACACACACACUCUUAACUCAUCUACUUCAACCCUUCAAUCAAAAAUAACCCUGCCAGUAGUCAUGUCACAGUUCACAUUGCUGUCAACUUUACCAGAGCACAGUGCCUAAUAUUUAUAGCCAAGAAGAUCAAGUUCUUUAGACUGAGUUGAGAAUAAACUGGGCCUAACAACAAUGAAUAAUGUAACCCAACCAGUUUAAAACUGUUUAAUGAGGAACUUGUCAGAAAUAUUAAGAAGUGAGUUAUUUAUUGAGCAUUACUUUAAUUUUAUGAUAUUUGAAUAGUAUGUGCUGAAGAAAAAUACUUAAGUUAUUAUUUCAGUUACAAAGCUGAAAUAUCUGCAUGGGGAUAGUUUGCUAAUUUAAUAUUUUGCAGUUGUCAUAACUGCAUCAUAAUACCUAUGCACCCUGAAGCUGACAGCAAAUUAACUUGUUGGUUUUCUUGCUGUUACCUCUGAACCAAGCUGAAAAUCACUUUGUGUAUCAUCGUAUAGUUUCAUCAUAUGCAUACACACGCACAGGCACGUAUAUACAUAUCUAUACACACAUAACAUAAACAUAUUCCUUGUUUAUCAAGUUCAUAAUUAUCAAUAGUGGAAUAUUUUCCUUUUCAGGAAUCCAGCUUUCCCUAUCAUUUCCUAUGCAACUGCUUUUAAUAUUACUGUGAUUAUAUUAUAAGCAAAAUGUUGUAGUUUUAUAUUAUAUAAUCAGACAGACUCCAGGAGCUUCUUUUAUUAUGGAGAUAUUUUUAUACAGAAGGUGUACUAAAGUUUCAUACUUUUUGCUUUAAGCCUCAGGCACAUACACUAGUGCAUAGAACACAUUAUUUUUACUAACUGUAAUGUGGCAACAGUACUACAUGCCUAAUAUCUAUUUCCUUGUCAGUACUGUAUUUCUUUAGCGUCUUGGCUGUUGUCUGAGGUAGGUACCACUGUUGUUAAUGCCACUGGACUGUUACCAGGUAUGCAAUUGUAUAUUUGGUUCCUUGGUGUACUGAUUAGGCCACAGGCCUGAUUAUGUAAGCAAUUUAAUAUUAAACAUUUUGGCAAUUUAAUUUUAUUUAUACAAAUUGUAACAAGAAUAAUUUUCACACUAUAACAGUUGACAAAUUCUAUUUGGGUGAGCUAAAAUGAAGUAUGAGAUUCUUGUGCUUACACUAGUGACAUAUUAUUAGUAGACACAAAGAGUAACUUCACUUAUAUCCUAUUUUUUUAGGGAACAUAUUAAGAAUGAUGAAGAAAUAGUGAGAAUACUUCAAGAAGAAUCAGAUAGUGACACCUAGAGAGUGAUAAGCCCCAAAGAGAAACAGAAAUUAUUACCAAAAGCAUCAUGGAAUAAAUAUGAGCAGAAUAGCCUUACCGCUUCAGGAGACAAUUAUAUGACAGCAGUGCAUAAUUAGAGUAUUUAGUUAACAUGGCUGGUAGAAUGUGCAGUGCAUAUUCCAUUGCUCACAUCACACAUUGUUAGCCAAUGGCAGUGCUCUUUUCACUAAUGUACAUAGCAGGAAUCAAUGUGGAUAUUCAUUACUACUCAAUUGCAAAAAAUUCCACACAGCAGUGAAGAGCUUAUUUUAAGAAUUAAUCUUUGGUGUCAAUGACACCAUAUUUUAUUCAAUGGGUCAAAAAUCACUAGAAGUUGAAGUGAAAAAAUUCCUUUCAAAGUACUGAUAACCCACUGAAGGUGUAGCUAUAU